AUGACCAGUUCAACAUCAGCAGUUGGAACUGAAUCCAUUCAAUCAGACCUCAUGAAUAAUACACCCGAAUCAUCUCAUCCCAACACAUUCGCAGAACAAUUGGAAUCAUUUGACUUCAGAGGAGAUGCCAUUGACACUGCAUUAAGAAAACUAUUGGCCAAAGUUCAUCUACCAAAGGAAUCCCAACAAAUUGAUCGUGCUAUGGAAGAUUUUGGAAAACGAUACCAAACAUGUAAUCCCGGACUGACCGAUAACCCAGAUGGGAUUUACGCGGUUGCGUUUUCGCUUCUUAUGCUGCACACUGACGCUCACAACAAGAAUGUGCGUCAAAAGAUGAACAAGGAAACAUUUAUCAUACGGACAAGACUGCUUGAUGGAGGUGAGAAUUUACCGGCAGAGAUCUUGGAUGUUUUGUAUGAUAAUAUUGUAUCAACCGAAUUUGUCUUCACCGAUGCUGAACCUGAACUUUAUACCGCCAGUAAAUCUACUUCUUGGUUUUCCAAACUAUCCAAGAGUGAGUCCAGCACCUCUCUAUCCGCUAGUCUGGUAGCAGAUCUCUAUCCAAAACUAGACUUGGUUAUGCCGGCUGAGAAUACUUUUAGCUUCAAGCGUACUUUGAAACCAAUCAAUAUAAUGGACAUUCACUUGUCCCUGAUGAGAGCACUUCCGCUGUGUCUAGGAGGUGUACGGACACGCAGUAAUCCCGGGAGUGGAACCAGUACAUAUACAGUCCGGGUGACAAAGGCAGGCAUACUUGACCGCAAAAACGAUCUCAACCAACACGGCAAAAAAGCCAGUGCUCGUAGCUGGCGACCGGUUGGCGUGAUGCUCUGUGGAAGCCAACUUUUGUUUUUUGCCGAAAUUUCUUCUUUCCAGUCUUGGAUGGACAGCGUUGAAGAUGAACAACGUUCGACUGUCUAUAGCGGUGGCGGCGGAAAUGGUAAUGGGACUGAUGGAGAUUCUGGGGGUGAUGAACAACAGCUCAUGACUAGCACCCGCCCACGCAACACCAGUCUACCCGUCCCUCUUGUCAACCAACCCCGACCACCUUUUACCCCACCUUCGCCUUCGACCUCUAUUCCGCUUAUCCAGCAUCCUCCUCCGUCUCUCUAUUCGUCUACAUCCCUUGUAUCUACAUCCACACUACAUCCACAACAGCAGCAGCCACCGUUCUCUCCGACCGGACAGUCCAUGCUACAACCAUACCAGAUCUACUCUCUUGCCGAAGCUGUAUGUGUUUACGACGAGAGCUAUGUUAAAUACCCCCAUGUCUUCCGUCUCAUUACCGGCGACGGUCAGCAAUUUUUAUUGCGAGCCGAAGAUGAUGCUGACCUCGAAGACUGGAUGCUCAAAAUUAAUUAUGCCGCUGCCAUCAAAACAACCGGAACCCGCCUCCGUCAAUGGCGCUAUCCUUCCGAUCAACGUCCUGUGGAUCGACGAGAACAGCGUAAAUUGGUUGAACGAGCAAAACGUGAAGAAAAAGCAGCUUUGGCUAUAAGUAAUCUUUCAGAUGACAUAGUGAACCAUGUCAAGGCUCUCGAUCAAGAUCUUCAGCUUAGACGCAAUCUCAUGGUACUCAUUCCUCUCCAAAAGUCAACCAAAGAUCGAAUCCUUGCCUUGGCCGAGCUUGUUGGCAAGCGGAUAAGGGAAAAGAGGAUAGAGUUACAACGGUUGGAAUGCUACCGCUCUUUUAUCGAAAAGGAACUUUCGUGGUGCUCGUCUGAGGUAGUGCACCGCAAGAUGUCUGCCCCCCACGUUCACACACAUUAUCUUGCCCAACGAUCUUCGACGGUGCCUAUUUUGGUCAAAGAUUCGCCCAGUCAACGACAACAAGAAAAUGAACACAAACAAGAAAUGUUAUCGGUUCAUCAGAUAGACGACAAUAGAAACUCGAUAGGAGGACCAGGAUUUGUACCCAAACGUACUUCGAGUCUUCUCAAGUUGUCUGCCCUUGCUACAUCCGAGAUUGAUAUUUCAAAUAGAAGUGAGUCACCAGUACAGAUACUCGCGAGAUCUGAUGAUGACGAUGACGAUGACGACUACAACAAUAAAAACAGCAAUGGCAAUAGUAAUGACAGUUGUCGUCGUAUCAAUGGCCAUUAUUUACAAAGCGAUGACACUCUCGAAUUUGGACACGACAAUACUAGAACAGACAGCACGGAUGCACUGUUGCUUCCUCCGUCUGAUGAAUCUGUAGCGUGGACAAGUGAUGGAAAGGCAAAGCAAAGGGUGACAGAAUUGGACAGACUGAUGCGUAGACGGAGUAGAAGUCAUCCUAUUAUGCCCAACAGCCGACUUAUUGGACAAGCAAUGGCUGGUGGAAAGCCUCGACCGCUACUGGAUGUUCCUUUGGUGAAUACUCGACUUGCAAACCGAGAACGAAGUAGCUCGGAGGUUUCUUCUGUUCAGGACGAUGAUGAUGUGAGCGUUAUUGUUAUCAAUAAUAACGAUACAGAAGAAAGCCCCACAGAUGAGCAACUAUGGUCUACUCCAGCAUGA